AUGACCGGCCCCGCCUCGCCGGCACACGACUCGACCUCGACCCAGCCGCUCCUCCAGCAGCAGGCCAGCACCUCGACCUGCGCCGCCGUCGUGCUCGACUCGUUCGCACGGGCAGCAGACAGCGACUCGUUCGGGCCAUGGGAGUACUCGGCGAUCAGGGACGCCACGACCAAGCGCGAGGGAGAGGACAGUGACGGGUUGGAGAGACUCGCAGAGGAGAUGGGCAUGUUGCUCACGCCCGAGACGGAGAAGAGCGGGUGCGACUGGACGACUGCACGGGAAGACUCGGGCGAGGAAUGCUGCUGCUGCUUGAGCGGGGAGACCGAGGCAAAGACUGUCCGACUCGUGCCCGGCUAUGAGGAGGACGGCAACGUCGGGCGAACGGUCGCAGACUUGCAUUUUGACGUCCUCCGCCGCGCGAAAGUGAUCCCCGAGACGGCCACCCCUUCCUCCUUCGCCAACACCCUCCAACUCUCCUCCACCCUGUCCACCCUCCUCUCACAACACCGCCUCACGCUCCUCCCCCACCACGACCAACUCUCGACCCGCCUCGCCUUCGAAUACACCUACCAACUCUCGCGUCUGCGCUCCCUCUCCCCUUCGCGAUCCUCCAAGCGCCCCCGAAUCCCAGCGAGACCAGAUUUCGACCACCACUAUGCGGCGCUCGAGAGGCAGGGGGCGAUCGUGAGGCCUUUUUUCGGGUGGACGUGCGGGAGGAGAGUGUUUGAGCGCCGUGACGAGCGGGGAGAGACGAGGAAGUAUAGGGUCAACUCGGUGGAUGAGGCGUUCGAGGUCAGUGCGCAGGAUGACGAGGAGGAAGCGAAGGACGCUCCGCCGAUCCCGUGGUAUCGCUUGCCGUGCUCGAUGAACCUCCUCCUGUACGCGAUGGCGGAUCGGAUACAGCAGAAUGCGCCUGCGCCCGAAGCGGUUCAAGAAGAGACCGAGGCCCUCGCAUCCGGCACGCGCCUCCUCCUCUCCUUCUGGCACCUAACCCCCUCAACGCCCACCCCCUCGCUCUCGUCCCUCCUCACACGCACCAAAACCUGGCUCACAACACACCUCGACUCGUCCUCUUUCCCGCGCUUCAUCGAGAGCGUUGAUGCGACGAUGAGGGCGGAGGAGUUCUUGACGCCUAGUCCGGGGUGGUGUGUCGAGGAGGGGGUGGGGUGGGAGAAGAUUGAGAGGGCGAGGAGGAGAGCGGUAGGGGAGGGAGGGGUGGCGGGAAAGUUGGAUAAGCUUGCGGUGCUCCAGCAGCAGGAGGACGACCCAGACUCGACCACCGCGACGCCCGGCUCACAAACUCCCUCGUACUCGACUCUCGCACCUCCGACCGCCGAGCAGAAAGAGCGUCAAGACUUUGUCCGAGCAUGGAUGGCGCAGCUCGCUUCCUAA